AGAACAGAAAGUGCUCUUGCUCUUAGGCUGCAGUGGAAAGUAUGGCUGUGUGAAGUUUGUGAGAGCACGCAAAAAAAAAAAGGUAGACGGGGAAAAAGUGGCCUAACCGAACAGAAACGACGCGGAUCGGAUCAGAUAUGGAGCCUCAAAACAGCUGUUUCAACUCUGCUGGUCUGGAUCCAAGAAGCAGGAGAAGAAGGACAAAGUAGGUGUAGAAAAGGGCUCGUCUGUACAAGAAGAAAAGAUAAAGACUUGAACCUCCCAAGAAGAAGAACACACCAAGUUCAACCAGACAGACAGGAAGAGGGUGAGAAGCUGAGAUGAGUGGCAAGAAAUCAGAAGAAAGGCUCCAGAUUAACGUUCAAACUGUGCUCAAAGAGAGCAAACCCAGGAGGGGAGGGCGGAAAUCUGAAAUAACAGACCCGUGAAGGUCACAGGAGGUGAGGGGGGGCACACAGGGAGGUCAGCAGGAGAGGACAAAGGUAUGAGGGCACAGCUGCUCACCUGGAUGAUCAUUCUCAUCGUCUUGGGGAGCCUGCUGACCACUCUUGUCUGGUACACGGUGGACAACAGUAAUGUUGAGCCUCGCCACAAGAAGCCGGAGAAGAAAAACAGCCCUCAGUCUCCUGCGUCGUGUAAGGACUGCAGGGAGGACAUAAAGAACGCGUUAAAGCUUUACUCUCAGGCUUGGAAGAAAGAAGACGACAAUUACCAAAAAUUCAGGUCUCGGCUGAACACCAAGUGCCAUGGUUCAGAGAAGGCCCUCAUCACGCAGGUGAACACGCCGCUGGGCUCAAAACUCGUUUACGACGGCGAGAGGAAGAGGAACCUCCAGGUCAACCAAGAGAUUUUCAGCACCUUUCCAAAGGGGCCUCUCUUCUCAAACCAAACAUGGCACACCUGUGCCGUCGUGGGAAACGGUGGGAUCCUGGCGAACAGCAGCUGCGGGAAAGCCAUCGAUUCGGCUCAUUUUGUCAUCAGGUGUAACCUACCUCCUUUAUCAAACGGAUAUGAGAAACACGUCGGCACCAAGACGGACCUCGUGACAGCAAACCCGAGCAUCCUCUUAGAAAAGUAUGCAGCUCUAAAUGGACGCCGACGCUCGUUCGUCGAGAAUCUGAAAAGCUACGGCGACUCCAUGCUGCUCCUUCCCGCCUUCUCUUACGGCCGCAACACUCCCGUUUCCCUCCGGGCUCUAUACACCAUCGAGGACUUUGGAAGUCCCAUCCAGCCUGUUUUCUUUAAUCCAGGGUACCUCCAAAGUCUGGCUCUUUUCUGGCGCUCCCAGGGCCUGAGGGCGGCGCGGCUCAGCACGGGCAUCAUCAUGACCAGCCUGGCGCUGGAACUCUGCGAAAACGUGAAUCUGUACGGGUUCUGGCCCUUCAGCAUUCACCCGUACACCCUCCUAGACCUGACGAAUCACUACUACGACGACAGGAAGACUAAAGUGAAGGUCCACGCCAUGCCGGAUGAGUUUAACUUCCUGCUGCGGCUGCACGGCCAGGGCGUGCUCAGGCUCCAUCUGGGGGGCUGUGAACCAGAUGAGAAGUAGUCGGAGGAAAGUGUCUUCUCCGCAGCCUCGGGAUGAAUCCAAACAAAACCUUUUUACAUUUUUUAACGGACUGUGCGAGAAAACACCUCAACAGCCACAAACCGCGCACUAUCCUCAAAAGAUGAAUCUAAGAACAGCACUCCUGUCUACAGCUCUGUUUGUUGUCUGUGAAAAUAUAUUUUGGGGUUUAACAAG